CCACUUCUGUCGCUUAGAAACGGGGCAUGGUGCAGCAACCAAAAUGAAUUCCAACGAAGAUGUUAUGAUGGCAACAUCACCCCGCGAGCUUACUCAGAACCCGCUGAAGAAAAUAUGGAUGCCAUGUAAAAACGGGCUGCCUGAAAAGCACAUUUCACAGAGAAGGGUAUGUAUGACCAACUGUCCCACCCUUAUUGUGACAGUUGGCCUCCCAGCCAGAGGUAAGACCUACAUCUCCAAGAAGCUGACCCGCUAUCUCAACUGGAUUGGUGUGCCAACCAAAGAGUUCAACGUGGGUCAGUACAGGAGAGAGUGUGUGAAGAUCUACAAGUCCUUUGAGUUUUUCCGUCCAGACAAUGAAGAGGGGCUGAAGAUCAGGAGGCAGUGUGCACUGACAGCGCUGAAUGAUGUGCGCCAGUACCUGAGUGUGGAGCGGGGCCAGGUGGCGGUGUUUGAUGCCACUAACACCACACGGCAGAGGAGAGGGACCAUCACCAGGUUUGCAGAGCAGAACGGCUUUAAGGUGUUCUUUGUGGAGUCUGUGUGUGAAGACCCUGAUGUCAUUGCGGAGAACAUAGUGCAAGUGAAGCUGGGUAGUCCUGACUACAUAGACUGUAAUACAGAAGAGGUCGUUGAGGAUUUCAUGAAGAGGAUCAAGUGCUAUGAAAACUCUUACCAGCCACUGGAUGAAGUUCUAGACAGGGAUCUGUCCUACAUCAAGAUAAUGGAUGUGGGCCGGAGGUAUCUGGUGAACCAGGUCCAGGACCACGUCCAGAGCCGCAUCGUCUACUACCUGAUGAACAUCCACAUCACACCACGCUCCAUCUACCUGUGUCGCCAUGGAGAGAGUGACCACAACGUCAAGGGACGCAUCGGAGGAGACUCUGGCCUGUCUGGCAGGGGCAAGGAGUUUGCAAAGUGUCUGGAGAAGUUCAUCCAAGAGCAGAACAUUAAGGAUCUGAAGGUGUGGACCAGCCAGAUGAAGAGGACCAUCCAGACAGCUGAGGCUGUGGCUGUGCCCUACGAGCAGUGGAAGGCUCUCAACGAGAUAGAUGCUGGUGUGUGUGAGGAGAUGAUGUAUGAGGAGAUCCAGGGACAUUUCCCUCAGGAGUUUGCACUGAGAGACCAGGACAAAUACCGCUACCGCUAUCCUAAAGGAGAGUCAUAUGAGGACCUGGUGCAGCGUCUGGAGCCAGUCAUCAUGGAGCUGGAAAGGCAGGAGAAUGUCCUGGUCAUCUGUCACCAGGCUGUCAUGCGCUGCCUGCUCGCUUACUUUCUGGAUAAGAGCGCAGAGGAGCUGCCUUACCUGAAGUGCCCUUUGCACACUGUACUGAAGCUGACACCUGUGGCUUAUGGCUGUAAAGUAGAGUCUGUCUUUUUGAACGUGGAAGCUGUGAACACCCACAGGGACAGGCCAGAGUGGGAUUGGAAAAAAAGCAUCCGGAUGUUUCAUUGGACAUAUUCCUCGUUCAGGUUCACCAGAUCUUUCUCUUUCCUUCUGUGCAAUGAAAGUCUAGACAACUGGAAUCCAGUUCAAUGGUGAUUCGCCCCACUAUCGGGGUAUGUGUGAGAGUGUGUGCAUGUGAGUGUGUUUUUUAUGUGUGUGAGUGUAUAUGAUCAAGAUAAGGACAAUCUGAUUUGAAACCUAUUUUAAAUACAGGACAUAUGGCUUUUCAUCAAAUUGUAGAGUUGAGCUUUUCUGAAAUCGUGUCUGUCACAGGCAGCCCAAUUCUGGUAUUUCCUACUAAUUGGUCUUUUGACCAAUCAGAUCAACUCUUUUUACAAUAAUUUGGUAAAAGAUCAGAAUUGGGCUGACUGUGCAAACACAGUCUAAGAAACAUAUAUGUUGACAUUGUAUAUUUCUUGUUCUUAGUAUUUUAGUGUUUGUCCACCCCAUUUCAGAGGCUGUGAUAUGCAGACUCUAAAGCGGGGACACGAAUUGUAGAUUUUAUGUCUGGUAUAAAAUCAGGCUGUUCCUAUAAAGGCAGUUUUGCGUAUCUAUCAUUUUCAAUUAAGUUAAUCUUCAUCUAGUUAAAAUCUAAAAAGAUUGACAAGUUUGUUUCCAUGUCGCAUCAGUGAUCUGCUAUAUCUAGAAUGUGUUUAUCUAUUGUUCAAUGUCUACUAGUGAAGGAUACUUUAUCUAAAAUGCCGCUGUAGUUCAGUAGCACAGGAAUAGUUGUUGGCAUCUGUGGUAUCAUAACAAAUCAAUUGAAAUUACUUCUAAUGCCUGUGUAAACGCGUAUAUUUGUAAUGAUCACCAUAAUCAGUUUUCCGUAAUGCUUUGAAUGUCAUUAAAUCGCUCACUGGUUUUAUAUAGUUUUCAGCAUGU